UUCAAGAAUUUUUUUGGCAAUAUGAAAUGAAAGAAGCAUUAACUGUUGCAGAGAUGCAAAUACUUAAAAAAUUAGGGUUUAAUGUUCAUGUACAAUUACCAUAUGGAUUAAUGGUAAAUUAUUUGAAAGUAUUGGAACUUACAGAACACGAAACUAUUCCGCAAAAAGCCUGGGGAUAUCUAAAUGACGCGCAUGUUACGAACAAACGUUUAUUGAUUUGGUUAGCUGCACGAGUGGCUCAAGUUAAAUUACCCACAUCACCUGCAUGGUGGGAAUUAUUUGAUUCAGAACUUGAAGAUAUCCUUUAA